AUGUUCAAAUCUCUGACCCGCAAGCAGCGGCUGUCGCUGACGAUAGCCAUCUCGUUCACCUUUUUCGUUGCUGAGAUCUCUGCCGGCUUUUACACCAGAUCAUUAGCACUCGUAGCCGAUGCCUUCCAUUAUAUGAACGAUCUCAUUGGGUUCAUCGUAGCGCUCGUUGCCGUCCAAGCUACCGAGCGCGGGCAAUCCCCGCAAGGCUUCUCCUUCGGCUGGGCGCGAGCUCAGUUACUGGGUGCCUUCUUCAACGGCGUGUUCCUGCUCGCGCUCGGCGUGAGCAUAUUCCUGCAGUCUAUCGAGCGGUUCAUAUCACUUGAACACAUCAACAACCCCAUGAUUGUCUUGAUAAUCGGCUGUGUUGGCUUAACUUUGAAUAUCAUCACUGCCGCUUUCCUUCACGAACACGACCAUGACCACGGUCACGGCGGACAUGCUCACAGCCACGACGUCUCCGGUGAGCAGGCCGACGCUAUGGAACUACCGGAGGGCCACGACCACGCCGAGCACCUCCACCUCACAGCAGAGCUGAAGCCACCGGGCUACGACCUCGGAAUCAUGGGCGUCGUCAUCCACGUCCUGGGCGACGCCUUCAACAACAUCGCCGUCAUCGUCGCCGCGCUGAUCAUCUGGCUCGUCAAGUCCGACAUGCGCUUCUACGCCGACCCGGCGCUCAGCACCCUCAUCGCCAUCAUGAUCCUCGCCUCUGCCAUACCGCUCAGUCCGUCCCUGUUCCCUAUCCCCCCCCAAUUCCUCCACCUGCUCAAACGGCACUACCUAACGCGCACUUCUACAGCAAAACGCAGCGGCACCAUCCUCCUCCAAAGCGCGCCCCCGGGCGUCCGCAUCGACGACGUCAAGCACGACCUCGAAUCCAUCCCAAACAUCCACUCCAUCCACGAACUCCACAUCUGGCGCCUCGACCAGAAAAAGGCCAUCGCCUCCGCCCACGUCGUCGUCAGCGAAGACACGUCCCUCGCCGCCUUCAUGCAGAAGGCGCAGACGGUCGCCGAGUGCCUGCAUGCGUACGGUAUACACUCGGCGACGCUGCAGCCGGAGUUGGUCGUGCCGCCGCAGUCGCAGAUGGUGGUGAGCGGAGGGGGAGAGCAGGGGGUUGGAAAGGGCGGGGAGGGGGGACAAGGAGAACAGCAGGUUGUUGAGGUGGGAGCGGAGGAGGGAGAGGUGGUGGUGGGGGGAAGUUCGACGGCGGCGAGGACGGCAGGGCUGAGGCAGCGGACUAUGGCGACGCAGGGAGCGGGGUUGGCGGGGUGUCGGUUGGCGUGUGGGAAUGUUUGUGAGCCGUUGAUGUGUUGCAACUGA